UUUCGUUACUGUUCGAGUUAUUUUAUUAUCAGCUGUAAUCGUUCCAUGCGAUUCUACUCUUGCCUCUACGAUCUACCCAUAUACAUACAAUGUACAUACAAAAUAAUUUUCCCGAUCUCAUUAUGAUGUUUUUAAGAAAAUGUAACGCAUGUACAUGUAACACGACUUGUACUCGUCUUUCUUAUUAUAAUAAUAUCCUAUUUGUACUUUCUCUAAACUUAUGCACUCUGAAUUAAACUCUUAGAGCGCACUAUUUUAGUCCGUGUACCAAAAAUGACCACGCGGAAAGUUAAGUCACUCUUAUAAUAGAAGUUCGCACGAUUCCCUUCUUAUCACAGAACGAUCGAAAACGUGCGUGAAUAUUUUGAAUGUUUCGAAAACUGAUAGAAUCGCGUAUUUUUAUCGCAAACGAAAAGAAAGUGAUAUAUAAAGCCGUCGAAUUAUACGAAAGCAAAUAAAAUAUGGAAGUGACAGAAGCAUGGAAUACGCUAAAAGAAAGGAUAAUUGCGAAUAAUAACGAAGAUGUAGUUAAUGAAUUCGAAAUGCUAGGCACCGACGAGGAACGCAUUAUAUUUACACUUAAUAUUAUGUUAAAAUAUGAUAUACUUCCUAUUGUAAGUUGUGAUGCAAAGAAUGCAAAGGAAUCCGAGAGAUUAAGAGAACGCGGUAACAAGGUAUUUGUUUCCUCGCCAUUGACGAGUACUUCUUGUGUAGAAGCAUUGAAACUGUAUACGAAAAGUAUCGUUUACGCUCCUUAUCCAUCCGAACAGCUUGCACUUGGAUACGCUAAUAGAUCUGCAGUUUUGAUAAAAUUGCAUAAAUACGAAGAAUGCGUUCGCGAUAUAAAUAGAGCAUUGGCAUUACAGUAUCCAGAUAAUUUGAAAGCUAAGAUUUAUGCAAGAAAAAUCGAUUGUUUCGAAGUUCUGAAGCAUCCUACCAUGGAAGAUGCUAUCAAAGAAGCACAAGAAUGGUUAAAUAAAAUAUCUUUCAGUAAUGUUCAUUGUAAGAACUUGAACGAAAAACUUAUUUCCAAAGAAGAAAUGGGAAAAUCGUACAACUCGAAGGAACAAAACGAUGCGAAAUGCAAAAAUAAAUCUCCUUUUCCUGUACUAAAGACGCGCAAUAUUAAAAUUCCUUGCAUUUCGGAUGCAUUAACUCUAAUGUACAACAAACAAUACGGUAGACACAUUGUCGCUACUCGUAAAAUAAAUCCUGGUGAAAUAAUCGCUAUAGAAAAGCCAUACUCGUUACUCUUGAGUCCUGCAAAUAUGUACACACAUUGCUCAAACUGCUUAGAACUAUCAUGGGCUAACAUUCCUUGUGACUAUUGUAUUUACGCCAUGUAUUGCUCGGAAGAAUGUAAGAUUUUGGGUUGGAAAAAAUAUCACGACAUGGAAUGCUCUGUAUACCCUUGUAUGAUGAAGAUGAACUUUAGCACAUCACAAUUAUUUAGCUUACGACUCGCUAUACAGGCUAUGAAGGAAGCUUCAAGUAUACAAGAGUUAAGGGAAGAAUUGAAAGAAGUAGACGAUUGCAAUGAUUCAUGCACAAAAGGUUUUUCUAAGAAUGGUAUCUUUGAAGGCGAUAAAUACAGAAGUUUAUGGGGACUGGAUACCCAUAAAGAAGAUGCAAAAGACCGUCUGUUUAUCAGAUCUCUGAAUGCUAGCUUUAUAUUGUACAUCUUGGCAACGUAUACCAACAUGUUUGGAAACCCACUCAAAAAAGAUAUAUCUAUGUUAGCAGAAACCCCUGAUGUUACAUUCAUUGGCAGCCUUAUAUUAAGGCACCAGCAGUUGAUUCCCUGUAAUAGGCACGGUAUAUCAGAAAUGCCGAUCCCUGAAAUGCAUCCUCUUUCGCGUGGUUCUGCAAUUAUGCCAUCUAUGUGUUUUAUUAAUCACAGCUGUGAUCCAAAUAUAGCUAGAAUAACAAGGUCUGGGUAUAUGAUUAUGUCUGCUUUAUAUCCAAUUGAAAAAGGUGAACAGAUAUUCGACAGUUAUAGUCAACUUUAUGUGUAUGUACCAAAAGCUGUGAGACAGAAAUAUCUUCUGGAAAAGUAUUAUUUCCAGUGCAAUUGCUUACCAUGCCAGGAAAACUGGCCGCUAUUCAACGAUCUAAAAUCAUGUGUAAAUUUGGACUUGAAGAAGGAAAUACUAUAUGAGGCUAAUCAAGUACUAAAGAAAUUCAGGACAUACAGAGACGAUGCUAGCAAAGGAAAUAUUCUGGAUGGGUCUAGCAUCGCAAAUGACAUAAUAAAAAUGAUUAACAUUUUAUAUUACCAAACGCCAAAACCCUGCCUAGAAGUUUCGAAAAUGAUAGAAGCUUUGAAAUGCGUCUUCUAUUUGACAGGGAACCGAUAUGAAAUUCCUAAACUGUGAACGUGUAACUAAAUAAACGGCCAUUUUGUGAAAAAUAAAUGUACGCUU